GGUUAAGAUCGCUAGAGGAAAUUGCACUAGCUGCUAAAGGUUCGCAACUACAGUCGAUUUCUUCUGAUAGCGAGGAUGAUGAGCCAAUCGUUGAAGACGUGGAAGAGCCGAUAGUGACACGAUCCGAGGCAUAUCUACAUCUUCAAAGCUCAAGAUAUUUG